ACUAGUACAAGCAGCCACACACACACGUGCAUGCACGUCGCUAUAUAAGUGCAAUAAUCUUGGACGCGACGUUAAACCCAAUUUCACCUCACCUAAUGUUUCAAAGUAUGAACUGUUAGUGAAAUGGCAUGAAAUCAAGUUAAAAUUGUUACAAUUCAUUUAACUUAUUAUCCAUGGUGGUUCAGUGAUUAAGACACUUUAUUAUUACACUAAUGUUCUAAAGUUCAAUUUCCACAUAAUAUGUAUCAAUUCUAAGAUACGUGUAUACAAUGUUUACAUGUUCUCAGUAACUUUCCACCACAUUUUUCUGAACCUCAUCAACUUGUCGACGCUUCGAUCAACUUCCCUUACAAAAAAACAAACCAGAAAAGAUGUAUCCGAGACCGCCCCGAUGCAUCUUUUGUGGGAUUUUAGCCAAUUUUUAUGGUCUCGGCUAGCCGAGACUUUGCGGAGACCCAUCAAAGACUAUUCUGGGGUAUAAUCAAGUACUUCCCCACAAAGGCAUUAACCUACCGAGGAUGUUUCUAGUGCAUCUCCACUAGCAGGGGAUGUCUUAGGAGAUCUCUUAAGAUGUCUCCGAUACGUCUUCGCUAGCGGAGACCUUCAAAACAACUUUGCAAAGACUAUUCGGAGACUUCCUCAGAAGGGCCAUAAAGUAGCUGAAGGUUUGCAAAGAUGUAUCAGUAAUAAAAUAGCUGACUGUUUGCUUGUGGAAAUCUUCGAAAGAACUUUGCAAAGACUAUUCAGAGACUUCCUCACAAGGCAACUUGAUAACCGGUUUGCAAUGAUGAUGUGAAUGCAUCCUCACUAGCCAAAACUAUAUGAAGACUUUUGUAAGUGUAUAUAUUUCAAAGACUUUCUUUCAAUUGAUACAGAUCAAUACAUUGAGCUUUAGUCAAGAUCUCGGAAAACUAAGUCCCUUGCUUGGAAGAGAUGACAUGAUCAUUAUUAUUUAUUUUGAAUUUUCUUUAAGGAUAAUACUAAAGCUCUUUAUCUUAUACAUUCACAUGCAAUGAAUUAGAAAUCCUAUAUAUGUCAGCAAGGACAUUAAUAAUUAAAUACCCAACACAAUUAAUGCUUCGGGGUAUAUUUCUAUUAAAUACAGUUAAAACAAAUGCAGGAAUUAUCAGUAUGCAAUAAUCAGAAAAAAAAAGAAAUGUACAAUAUAUUCAUAAAUUCCAAUCAGAAAGUAACAGUGUCCGUGUGCCAUAUAACAGUCUCCUCAGAAAAAGGUAUAUAAGAAAAGGCAACAUAAAGUAAUAUUACUUGUAGACAUAGUGGCUGAUUUGUGGCUCAAGAUAUACAUGACAGGGAUCGAAAUUAAAUUUAUUUCAAGUUUGCCAAAGGGCACAAUUAUGCCAAAUUAAGUGUGCCAUUACAUUUUUAGGUGUGCCAGGAAAUACAUGAUUGGCUGUUUUAAUGGUUAUAAUCAUAAUUCAAAUACAAGUCAAGUGACUAUCAUAGUGUUUAUUCAAGUUAAAUUAUACUUAGAAUGAAUGAUCAAUCAGAAAAUUCAAACACAUCACUCAAGUUACUCAUUGUCUUUGUACCUUAGUAAGUACUGCAAUACCAGUUAUAAUAGUCUCAGGAUUUAUGAGCUUCUACGGAACCGUAGAGGGGACAUCGGAUGAGAAAAUAAAUAUCAAUAGUAAGGCGUGGCCACGAUAUAAUAAGUCGAGGCCACGAGAUAAUAAGUCGUGGCCACGAGAUAAUAAGGCGUGGCCACGAGAUAACAAGUCGUGGCCACGAUAUAAUAAGUCGAGGCCACGAGAUAAAUAAGGCGUGGCCACGAUAUAAUAAGUCGAGGCCACGAGAUAAAUAAGGCGUGGCCACGACAUAAUUUAGCCAAUGAAAACUCAGGUUACGUAUUUUCGAAUUUUAGGAUGGAGGACCUCGAGCGUUUUCUCACAGACAGGGGAGUUCCUAGCGAAAACGUUCAGCUACUUGUUGCUGACAAGAUCGAUCCAAGCCUUAUCCUUGAGAUGAAGGAUGAAGAGCUUUCUAGAUAUAUUCCUACAUACGGGGACAGGCUUGCGACGGUAGUCUGGUGCAAGUCAAGGCAAUUGGAAAACCCAGAAAAACAGACCAAAUCAAGCGGAUUGUUCGACAGAAUUCGAGAAAAAAUGUCAAAUCGAAGAAAGAGGGGUCAGAAAGAUUUUGACUUUCUGCAAGGUAACAAAAACGCAAGAAAAACAUCUCGGCGAAUUGAAGUUGGGUGGAUGGAUUUUGACACGAAGGUUAAUGCCUUUAAGCAAGUGCGGAGUCAAAACGGGGGUGGGACAAGACAUUUAUCAGUUUAUAGGGAUGCUGGACAAGCAGAUAUUCUGGCAGUAGCCAAACAACUGUUCUUUACCGAUGGUGAAAGCAAAAGGGGAAACGAGGCGCAAUUCACUUUCUCCAUCAAAGAUUUUAAAGGGGAAGAAAUGGGCCAAAAAACAGUGGCUAAUGUAUAUGAGGAAACUAAAGUAAAGAUUAUUCGUUUCUACAUGUACACAAAGAAAAAAGAGAAUGAGCAAGAUCUGUCAACUGACGUGGUCCAACACCAGUCUAACAAUGAAUCGGCGAGUCAAAAAAAGAUUGAUGACGGCACUCCAAUUGCUUCUACGGGAACGCCUACUGCUUCUCCUGGGACGCCUACUAUUUCUACUGGGAUGCCCACUGCUUCUACCAGGACGCCCACUGCUUCUACCGGGACGUUUACUGCUUCUACCGGGACGUCUACUGCUUCUACCGGGACGUCUACUGCUUCUACUGGGACGUCUACUGCUUCUACCGGGACGUCUACUGCUUCUACCGGGACGACUACUGCUUCUACGGGGACGCCGACUGUUGUUUUCAACUCGGGCAGUGCAAUGCAGUCAAUUUCAACUGAUGAUUCACUACCAGAUCUAGACACUGUUUCAUCAGAAGGCGGGGAAGCCGAACUUGGUGUUGAAGACCAAAAUGGUGAAACUGUAGACAGCACGGUCACAUACAAUGACGUGGAUUCAAGUGAAGGAAGUGACUUGGCAGUAUUUGACAUACCAAGGCAGUCCAACAGGAACCUUGUGUAUACCCGGAGUGACCAGCCACUCCCCCUUCAGCCUCCACCCCUUAGACUUGAGGCCGUGCGACAUUCAGAAAAUCUUCACGAGAUAUUGACCAGACUCGCGUCAGUGAUCAAUAAAGAACGACGGAACAUUGUUAAUGUCACAAGACGUAAUGUAAUGUCAGGUGGCAUCAGAGCUUUCAACAGGCCAUCUUUCAACCCUGAAAAUGGCUUGUCUGUUAAGUUUGCUGGGGAAUAUGCAAUAGACGAUGGCGGGCCAAGCAGGGAGUUUUUAAGAUUGCUCAUGAAAGAAAUAUCUUCUCUCCCCAUAUUUACCGGUGACGAGACAAAAAAGAUGCUGGAUUUGAAUUACACUGCCCUACAAAGCGGUCUCUACUUGACAGCGGGGAAGAUGAUAGCAUAUUCUGUCGUACACAAUGGACCUCUUCCACGGUUUUUCAGUCCACUGCUGUUCAGUACGCUUGUUGGCGACAGCCAAAUUCAGCCAAAGAUUGAUGACAUCCAAGAUGUCGCACAGAGGGAAAGUCUACUGAAGAUACGAAAUGCAGAGGAUAUGUCUUCGUUCCUGGAUGCCGUAGGUGGUGCUGAUCAACUUAUCCAACUUGCUGGAUGUUACUCUCUUACUCUCUCCUUAGCAAAGAAGGAAGAACUUUGUGAUGCCUUGAUCCAUUUUAUUGUGCUUGGCAGAAUCAAAGAGUGUCUAGAUCAAUUCCAAAAAGGACUGGCCACUUUGGGAGUGCUUGCAGAAAUGCGUGUUCACAUCAAAGAAGUAAGGGAACUUUUCUGUUUCGAUGAAAAGUAUGAAUUGAACGCUUCCGUGCUUGAAAUGGUGUUCAGUGAACCAUCCUUCUCCGAACCUGGGAGCAACAGGCGCAGAAUGGAAGAAGAGACAGUCAGUUAUUGGAUGGACUAUCUUCUGGACGUAGCAGAGGGCACAGAAUCAGUCACCCUGAGUGACAUAUUGGUUUUUGCGACUGGCGCGGGAUCCAUUCCUCCCCUUGGUCUCCAUCCACAGCCGCAGCUGACAUUCCACACUGCAAUUGAACUCAACCCUGAGAACAGAGAGAACUUCCCUCGAGCUAACACAUGUGCAAAUGUAUUAGACAUUCCAAUGAUCAGUAAUUAUAACCUGUUCAAGAAAAACAUGAAUGCAGCAAUCAGUGUGAAUAUCUUCACUUCCGAGUGAAAAGACGGGCAUGACUGUUUGUCAUGAAUUGUCUUCCCCCUUUAAGUUUUGUUUUGCAUUUGUUUCACUUUUACAGAACUGUUCUGCUAUAAUCGAUUGAGCUUUUAGUCUAAUUUUAUUGAAUCUGUUACUACCAAAUAGGUUAAUUGGUACUGACAUCUGAUUGUUUAAGAAGAUUUUAUUUACACCUGUUCAAAACAUUUUUAGACGAAUGUCCUAUCGUAUUAUUUCUAAUAUACAAACCAGGUGUUGAAUUUUUAAUGGUUUGAUGAGGUAUGUUAUUAAAGUUUAGUUUAAAGGAAUUGCAUGCUUUGAUAUCAACAUGACAAUACCGUGUUCCCUGUAGGGUCAGAAGAGGGGUCGUUUGAAUCAUUUUACAUUUUGUGCUUUUGGUACAAGAGAAACCUUAAAUUACUAUGACCCUUUUAAAUGUGUCUCUUAAUGUGAAAAUUAAGCGGAAUUUGUUUUUGGAGUUUUUGUUGAGACAAAGAAAUAUUAGCUCAUAGGUUUGUGGCAUAUAGUAAACGUGUUAUUUUGUAAGCCUGUAAAGAACGUUUAUUGUAAUGAAACGAAGAAGGAUGCAGAUAUGUUCUUUCUUUAAAACCCCAAAUACGUUUAAAUGACCAUUGUAAGCAAGUUUUUUUGCAGUCAACAUGUUUAUGUUGUAAUGGAAAUUAAAAAAAUAUUGAUGUUGUUGGUUAAGAAUUACUAAGUUUGGGUACAGAAGGUUUAAAACUUACAAAUAUCGCAUCUGUUAACAUUUUGAUUUAUUUGGAUUGCAUAUUAUGAACAUCUUGUUAUGUUUUGAACAGACAGAAUAAAUCCUGUUUAAUUGAUAAAAGUUAAUGGAAGUCACUCUACCCCAGAUAUCCUGGUUUUUUCCCGGUGUGGAUUACACCGUUAGCAUUAUAGUUUCUUGAAGUAUUGUAUUAAAUUUGCAGUCAUUUUAAAAAGCUGUCACACAACACAAUAAAGAGCCAUCA